AAGAUCUUUUAGAUGAGGAUAUGAUCAAUGUUAUUAAAAAUUUAAAUUAUAUAAAGGUCAAUAUGGAAGUAUACAUGGCUGAUAGAAAAGAUUGCUUACAACAAUUGGAUCUUAGAUUGCUUCUUAAAUUGGACUAG